UAUCAACUUCCACCAACUACCACCCCUUCAAAGCACGAAUAAUCACCCACCUAUCCAUCAGCCCGGAUUGAGCUGCAUCGCACUUGCUAAGGGUUGGUCGCAACGACUCUCGAAUGGCGAAUUGAGUCAUUCAGACCCUUCCCAAGUACCAUGCCGACCUGACCUCUCGGCCGCCAAAUUCUCGAAUUCCCUCGACCGACAAUGCGGCCACCGGCUCGAUCCCUCCUCCGCGUCCACAUCCUCGAUCCGUCCGCCGGGCUCAGUCUCUGCAGACAAUGCACCGCUCGUCAGCCUAGGAUACAGGCCCUGUCUCUGUCGCGCCUGGUUCCUCGUCGAACCGCCACGUCCGUCACUUUGCCUCGACUGAGCGCCAACUACUUCCUGCCCAACAACCUCCUAGACCGCGUUCCCGGAGCCGCCGCGACACAGCGUCAUGCCACAAUACAUAAUAGCAACAGCAAAAACAAGAGCAAGAGCAAGAGCAAGAGCUUGGCAGACGCAGCUGUGGCUGCCACGAGUCUGGAAGACUCUGCCUCUUCAACAAACGCCCAGGAGACAACAACAACAACAACAUCUCGGGUGAACGCCGACCUCCCGCACCGUCGACGUCAAGAAGCUCGUCGUAAAGCGGCCUCCGAUGCUGCUGCUACUGCUGCUGCUUCCGCUGCUUCCGGUUCUUCUGCUCCUGUCGCCGACGGUAGCAGCGAUGCUGCUUCCACCCCCCCAACACCCCGGCCGUCGGAUUCCGACGUGCUCCCGUCCCAGGACGCCUCCUCCGCCCUCACCACCAUGGCCGCCAGCCUCCCUUCCCGGUCCCUCCGCCGCUCCUUCUCCGCCUUCCUCUCCCUCGCCAAACCCCGCCUGACCGUCCUCGUCGUCCUCACCUCCAUGGCCUCGUACGCCCUCUACCCGGUCCCUUCUUUCCUCACCCCCGCCGUGACCGAGUCGCCGUCCCUCUCGCCCCUGACCCUCCUCUUCCUCACCACCGGCACCGCCCUGUGCUCGGCCGCCGCCAACUCCCUCAACAUGCUCUACGAGCCGGCCACCGACGCCCGCAUGUCCCGCACCCGCAACCGCCCGCUGGUCCGCAACCUCGUCUCCCGCCGGGGCGCCGUCCUCUUCGCCCUCGCCACCGCCGCCGCGGGCACCGCCGCCCUCUACUACGGCGUUAACCCCACCGUGGCCUUCCUCGGCGCCGCCAACAUCGCCCUCUACGCCGGCGUCUACACCCCGCUCAAGGCCGUCACCGUCGCCAACACCUGGGUCGGCGCCCUCGUCGGCGGUAUCCCCCCGCUCAUGGGCUGGGCCGCCGCCGCCGGCGAGUCCGCCACCGGCGACGGCACCUGGCGCGAGCUCCUCCUCGCCCGCGACGGCGGCUCCCUCGGCGGCUGGGUCCUCGCCGCCUUCCUCUUCGCCUGGCAGUUCCCCCACUUCAUGGCCCUCUCCUGGUCCAUCCGCGACGAGUACCGCGCCGCCGGCCUCCGCAUGCUCGCCUGGACCAACCCGGCCCGCAACGCCCGCGUCGCCGUCCGCUACAGCGUCGCCUUCGUGCCGCUCUGCCUCGGCCUCUGCGCCGCCGGCGUCACCGAGUGGUCCUUCGCCCUCACCAGCUCCCCCGUCAACGGCUGGUUGAUUUGGCAGGCCGUGCGGUUCUGGCGCUAUGACGGCCACAAGGGCUCCGCGCGCGGUCUGUUCUGGGCCAGCGUCUGGCACCUCCCCGUCGUCAUGGUGCUGGCCCUCGUGCAGAAGAAGGGCAUGUGGAGCCGCGUGUGGAGGAGCAUCGUGGGCUAUGGCGAUGACGAGGACGAGUGGGUGGAAGACGAGCUGGACGAGAUGCCUGUUGUAUCACCAUCAUCGCCCAAGACAUAGAAAGGGGGGCGGGGGGAGGGAUACAAACAAAGACACAAACAGACAUAAAGGCGAACCAGGAUAAUGGAAACGGUUGCAAAAAAAAUGUAUUGUAGAUCUACUAUCUGUAACUCCAUAUGUUGCCCUCUCGGGGGGGCUUUUCUUUGUUUGGUGAUUUUUUUUCACGCCCAUUCCGGUCUGGAGUCCACAAUCCAUCCCUCUGCCUUCUCUGUAUUACUCGAGAACAAAACAACACGGGAACAAAGAAAUAAAAGAUCAUCAAAUUGCCCCUUCCGAGUCUCGGUCUACUCCCUAACCCGGG